AGUCAAAUUAAAACAAAAAGUGGCGGUUAUAUUUGCUGUCCUACAGUUCUUCAUCCUUUAACGCAACAGUCCAAUUUUACUUGCAAACUCAUCUUAACUACUAUAAUCAACGAAUCUCCAUCUUUCUUUCAUAUAAAAAUCUACUAAUCCCCCUUAAUCUUCUUUUAACCAAUGCUUUGCUUAAUAGAGUACUAAUCAAAAGAUAAUCUCUUCUAGGAAAAGUUUAAGUUGAAAGAUUUCAAAGAUUUGCAAUUUCAGAAUACAUUUUUAAUGAUGAAUACCCAACAAAAUGAUGAUCUUGUUCAUGGGAAAGAAAAUGGGGAUUUCAAGAAGAAAACAGAUGUUAAAUUAAGUGCUAAAAAAGUGUUAAUUGGAGCUGGAGCUCGUGUCCUCUUUUACCCAACUCUUCUCUAUAAUGUUAUUCGUUACAACAUUGAAUCUGAUUACAGAUGGUGGGACCAAAUUGAUGAGUUUUUGUUGUUGGGUGCUGUGCCAUUCCCUAAAGAUGUUCCAAAAUUGAAGGAACUUGGUGUUGGUGGGGUGAUUACCCUUAACGAGCCUUUUGAGACCUUGGUUCCUACAUCAAUGUACAAGGAUCAUGGAAUGGAGCAUCUCAUUAUCCCAACCAGAGAUUACCUGUAUGCUCCUUCUUUUAAAGACAUCAACAGAGCAGUAGAUUUUAUUCAUAAUAAUGCAUCUUGUGGUAUAGCAACUUAUGUACAUUGUAAAGCUGGGAGAGGAAGGAGCACGACUAUUGCACUUUGCUACCUGGUUAAGCACAAGCAAAUGACACCUUCUACUGCUAUGGAUUUAAUACGUGCAAAAAGACCUCGAGUGUUAUUGACUUCAAUGCAGACUAAGGCUGUUGAACAAUAUUAUCGCCGGUCCUGUUCACCUGUUUCUACGCACUCUGAUUCAAGCGAUGAAGUCUUGGUAACACAAGCUGAUCUUGAGGGAUACGAGAAAAAUUCUGAAGUUGCUCCGAUUAACCAAAAGAAAUCCAUUCCAAAAGCAGCAAGGAUUCUCCCAAUAUCAACAACACUUUCAUCUCUCCUCUCUUCUUUAACCAAUGCUUGUUGUUGUGCAUCCAGAUGUAGUCAGAAGCCAAAGCAAAGUACCUGCUAGUUGGAAUACUAAUGACCCAUUUGGCAGGUGGUAAGUGGUAAGUGGUAAUUAAGUCACAGUUGGAUGUUUAAGUCCAGGUUUUUUGAGCAAACUAACAUCAUUCUUCUCGAGUCGAGGAAAUUGUACAUUUGAUAUUAUAGCAAUUUGUUUACGUAGGAAAGAUCAAAGAUAGGAUGAUAUGAGUUGGUGAUCCAUGAAAACGUUAAUACUGCUAAGUGAACGAAUUAGUAUACAUAUGAAGCCAUUUACAUUCUUUUCAAUAGGUCUUCUGCCUCGUAUUGUAAAUUUGUACUGUGUCAGUAAAUACUUCAGUCUGUAAAACCUGUGUAUUCUUCACCUUUGUGCUAUACUGAAUGAUUCUAAUACAUGUAAAUUCCUUCUUUGGUUA